CUUGCUCUGCAGCCCGUGUCCAGGCAAAUCUCCUCUCAACUGAGAGUUCACAAACGAAACUGUCGUUGUAUACGCAAAGUCGUUACAUAAUUCACAUAUAAAGUGCAACGGCACGCCUCUUACUUAUCAUCACUCGAGACAGGUGGUCGAAUCAGCUGUAAAAUGUGUGGAAGAACCGCUUGUACGCUUGCUCCUGACGAGGUGAGCCGAGCCUGCUCCUACAGAAACCGAGGAGGGCGGCGGAGACAACCCCGCUGGAGGGAUGGAGAUGAGGAUAAAUAUCGACCCUCUUACAACAAGAGCCCCCAGACUAUGAGUCCCGUUCUGCUGUCCCAGAGGCAUUUUGAUAAGACUGCUCCUGUGGAUGAGUGUGUGUUGGCCUCGAUGCGUUGGGGUCUGGUGCCUUCCUGGUUCAAGGAGAAGGACCCGAGCAAGAUGCAAUACAGCACCACCAACUGCCGCAGUGAGAACAUGCUGGAGAAGAAAUCGUACAAGGAACCCCUGCUUAAAGGACAGCGCUGUGUCAUCCUGGCUGAUGGUUUUUAUGAGUGGAUGAGGCUGGACAAAGUCAAACAGCCCUUCUUUAUAUACUUCCCUCAGACUCUGGAGAAAAUAGAGGGUCAGGAUGAUGCCACAUCCUCAGCUCGCAAUAAGAAGAAUUCAAAGACAGCAUGCCCUCCAGUGCAGGCCUCCCCCGACUUAACUGAGGGAGAAGAAGCAGCAAGUGAGUGGACUGGAUGGAGGUUGCUGACUAUGGCUGGACUGUUUGACUGCUGGACACCUCCAGAUGGUGGAGAACCCCUUUACACAUACAGCGUAAUCACUGUGAACGCUUCCCCUAACCUGAAAAACAUCCAUCAUAGGAUGCCAGCAAUCCUGGAUGGGGAGGAAGAAGUGAGAAGAUGGCUCAAUUUUGGGGAGGUGAAGUCCCUAGAUGCCUUGAAACUGCUCCAGUCUAAAGAUAUUUUGACUUUUCACCCAGUCUCUUCACUAGUAAACAACUCACGCAACAACUCUCCAGAGUGCCUUCAGCCAGUGGAUCUCAACAGCAAAAAGGAGUCCAAGCCCACAGGCAGCAGUAAAAUGAUGACGAGCUGGCUGACAAGCAGUGCAUCUGCAAAGAGGAAGCAGCCCAACACGAGUGAAAGUCAAGAAGAGCAAGAAUGCAAGGGUCAGCGCAAAUCCACAGGAGGACUUCAGCAGUGGCUUCAGGGAGCCAACAAGAAACCAAGAACCAACUGAAGAUAACAAAUAAGUGUGACUGAACAGUCCACCUUGUUUCAGAGGCCAUUUAGGCCUAAAUUAUUCCACAUCACUAUUUGAAUGACUGUGAACGAUUUACAUUCUUGUAUACACUUUUUUGUAAUAAAACAACAUGCUAUAGAUACUAUUUGAUUUCAAAAUGUUCUCAAUAAAAUAUCCAACACAGAA